AUGCGUUUAGAAAGCAACUUAAUUUCUCUAGGUCUGAAUAUGGAAGUGCAUGCUGUAAUCAGGGUGGAGAUGGAAUCAGCCUCAAAUGUCCUGGAGCAUAUAGUACUUGACCGAAGCGCGGAGCCGACUAAUCUGCCGUUAGCACUUUUAAAACACAUCACUGAGGAUUUCAAUGAUAAGCGACAAAUUGGCUGUGGUGGAUUCGGAAUCGUUUACAAGGGCGAUCUUCAAAACAGUAGUGUUGCUGUUAAAAGGAUUUUAAACUGCCAUACAUUCAACGAUGAAUCAUUUAAUCGUGAGACUACUUCUCUAAUCAGUGUAAAACACAAAAAUAUAGUACGGUUUCUGGGCUACUGUGCCAAUACAGAGAAUAAAGCAAUGAAACAUUCAGAAUCAGGAGAACCUUCGAAGUAUAUUUUUGCCGAGAUGAGGGAAAGAUUACUCUGUUUCGAGUAUAUCAGUAAUGGAAGCCUUGACAGAUAUCUUACUGACGAACUAAGGGGACUUGAAUGGCAUAUGCGCUACCAGAUAAUUCGAGGAAUCUGUGAUGGUUUGGUUUAUCUUCACACGGAAAAGGGUAUUGUUCAUAGGGACAUGAAACCUGAGAAUAUACUGCUUGAUGAUCUUAUGAUACCAAAAAUUACAGAUUUUGGUAUAUCAAAACUCCUUGAUGGAGCAACACACGCUGUCACUAGUGACCCCACAGGAUCACGUGGAUAUUGUGCUCCGGAAUUCAUAGCUCGUGGUGAGGUGUCAAUCAGGUCAGACAUAUACAGUCUGGGCGUUAUAAUCAAAGAGCUUGUGACUGGAUGUAAGGAUGAACCUGAUAUUCAAAAUGUACUUAGAAGGUGGAGGUACAAAUGGAAUAAAUCAGCGAACUAUCCACCAUUUGGAUACCAACAGGUAAGUAAAUGCAUUGAAAUAGCGUUAAGGUGCUUGUCAGACUCCCCAAAGAAGAGGCCUAAGAUAUCAGAUAUAGUCAGUAUGCUUAAUACAAUGGAAAGUCCGAAUGAGCACAUUACCAAUCUUGGUAACUCUCCAGCUGGCCCGAUAAGCGCUUACCCAUGGGAGCUACUUGAGUUUGACUUGCUCGAGCUGAAUUUCCCGUUCGAGGUAAACAAGCAGAUACCAUGCUCACUUCAGCUAACUAACGUAACUGAUGAUUACGUUGCCUUUGAUAUUGAAAUGAUGGGCAUACUACGGUAUUGCAUUAAACCGGAGAAACGUGUUGUGCCACCACGAUCAAUGUGCAAUGUCAUGCUAACACUGCAACCACAUGAGAGGGUGCCGCAUGCUAUGGUGUGCAAGGAUGAGUUGUUCAUUCUGAAGUGUGCCGCCGUGAGUGAGGGUCUCACAGCCGAGGAUAUCAUUGAAGACAUGUUAAACAAGAAGUUGGGUAAAGAAGUCGAUAAGGUGACAUUGAAGGUUGUUAUUUUGCCCCUCGCCAUCGACUAA